AUGUCGCAUUACGACGACGCCUCCAACUUUUCCGACCUCAGCUCUCUCGAUGGCUCAGACGACUUCGGUCGUAAGCUGCUUCAGCAUACAAAAGACGCCCAGCGCAUCUCGGCCUUGACCCAGUCGCACGCCUUUAGCAAAGCAAAGCCCCUGCCACGCGCUGCCCUGAGCCUCGACAACCUCGAGCGUAACAACUUCCACAAUCCGCCAUCCCACCAACCCGACCACCACCCGGCCAGUCUCUCCGAAAGCACCGCCUCCGAUCCGCCAUUGAAUCUGCCCACCUCAUGGGGAAGGAAAGGAAGACCAAACCACGCUUGGAUGCGCAACAUACACGAUCAGUCUCAGACCAACGUACAAUCAAGCCCAAACAUUGACUGGGCUGGCGCUGCGAACGACUCUCUGUACUCAUCUGCUCAUGUCUCUCCGCCACAAAGACGCGCCCACACUCUGGAGAGACAAGCCGUAGUCGAGCAGCACGAGAGUUACAUUGACCAUUGGGAUCCAGACCGAGACUUUAGUGCCGCCUCGCUGCUAGAAUCCACUCCAGCUGUACCCUCACGAUCUCGCUUGACCAUUGACCAGAUUCGCGAGCGUGAGAUUCAGACUUACGAAGCUCGUGCUUCCUCAUCCGCUCGCCGCCAACCAAGACAACAAUCGACAAUUGAGACACAAUCGCGUAACUGCCGAGAUACCUAUGCAGGAUCCAGCUCCGCACAAGGCUCCAAGGCGGUAAUUUCCAAUAAAGAGAACAUGUCCCUGGCACCACGGCAAUCCGCUCGCGCUUUGUACAAAACUGUCGAGACGUCAGGAACGAUGCCUACCAUUACUCCUCGACCUCCACAGCGAAAGACAGACUCCCUGGCGUUGCUUAAAAGGCUGUCAAGGACUCCAAGCGCUUCGCCUUCUCCCACCUCGGCAAAGGACACUAUACCAGCAAACAAUCCUCCUCGACAGGAUACCGCCUGGUCCGACAAAUACCCAAAGCAGCCUACGCGAUCAUUGUUCCGGGGAGAUUCACCACAAGUGCCCGAAGUCGUAAGGAGUCCAGAACUAGUAUUUGUCGAGCAGGGUGAUUCAUCGCAAGCACCCGAAGUGGUUGAGAUUCCAGGACCUGCGCCUGAAGAACCUCUCGUAACUCCUGGCAGGCCAGUUGAGCGGCAGCUGCCAGCAAAGACUCCCGUGGUCAUGGGUGCUUGGGUGGAUACACCACAGACUGCUCGCCAGUCGAGCAACUCUGCAAGAUCUCAGGCUGAUCGUCAGACUUCCGAGUCCCUUGAGCCGAUCACUGAGAACUCUCAUCAUCGCUCAAUCAGCGAACCGAACCUACCUACCUCUGCGUUGGAUGCUAUACUCACGGAUGUUCGUAACGGCAAGCGACGAGAAGACGACGACCCCACUCUUGGUGACUCUACCAUUGCCAGUUUGGAAGGCGUCAUGGCUCCGUCUGCCGACAAUACUCUCAGACUUGACCUCCCAGAGGUACCAUCGGUCCAGCCUCCAUCUUCAAAAACCAAAGACAAGCAGGAGACAGUCGGUACGGAGACAUCGAAGAAAGAGCCAGGUCAGGAGUCUGAUUCGAAAGACAUUGUACCAACCUCGCAGACGGACACAGACCUACGGAAGAGAUGGUCCGCUUUCGGGGGUCUCAAGAACGGACUGGGCGGCACGAGCGCCGCUUCAAAGCCCAAGUUACAGACCAACGACAAUCGUGCCUUGGAUGAAGCCAUCGCGUCCGCCUCAAGAGGACCUACCUCCCGGCAGGGUGACACUCGGAAUGCCCAUCAGCAUGUAGCAGGCACACAAUGCGUACAAUGCGGAAGACCAACCAGUGUGCUUCGUGCGGCUUGGAACGAAUACUGGAGCUGGUACUUCCGUCGUGAUGCUCGAGCUCCACUGGGCUUCCGACUAACCUGGCUCGGCCUGGCAUGUAUAGUUUUCUGGACAUGGCUGGUCACCGAAUUAUUGCUCAGCUCCAUCUUCAGUCCUCCCAGGUACGCGACUAAGAUGCGCGGAUAUGGCGUGGAUCCUCACGCGCCACGUUUUCCUUAUGUUUUGCCCACUCUGGCAUUACGGCCCUUUGCUCCGUUGAUAUCACCGCUUGUGUCUUCGGCUGCGUGGUUGUGGAAGACUGUAUGGGGGCAACCGAAAUACAAGUACUACCCUGCUAGUCCAGGCGCUUGGGGUUCGGCUGCCAGAGUUAAGAUUGGACCCCCGAGUCCGCGGUCUGCGUACUACACGAGCCAUAAUAUAGUAGACGAUGUACGAUGGACGGAGCAGCAGACUGUAGGACAAGCAUGGCAGACGAACGAGGAAACUCAGCGAAAUGUAUGGAGCACUUGGGAGACUGACGGUGAUGCAAGCAUGCUCGAGGAUGAAGUUGUCAUUUAA